AUGAAAUAAAAAAAGCUCCGAGACCGGGAAUUGAACCCGGGUCUCCUGCGUGACAGGCAGGAAUACUAACCACUAUACUAUCUCGGAUUACUUGAAUUUAUUUUACUUAAAAGAUUGGUUAUUUUCACAAAUUUAUUUGAAAAUAAUUAAUUAAUCGCUUAUGCAAAUUGCCAAUAAUUUACUAAAUAUAAACUCAAAAUUUUGAGAUUUUUUACAAAUUUAAUACCAAAUAAUUAUAUUAAAAAAAUCAUAUCUAACCAAAGUAGUGCACAUUUAAUAGUAAGUGUUUCAUCUCCUCCUCAACCAAAAGGGACUUACAAAGUAGGUGUUGCUAAACCAGAUCCUACAGAUUUCAAGAAUCCCUUCUUCAGACCAUGUGAAUUUACAGUUCGUUUAGAUAAUCCUUGUUUCACUAUCUCUGUUAAUAAAUCCAGUUAAGAUAGAUGUAAUUUUAUUUUAAAAAUCAAGGUUUUAAUACUAAAAUCAGGUAAAGAAAGUACUUGGUAUUAAUGUAUAAUAUAAAACCAUCCCUGGUUAAUCUUCAAAAGAUAGACUCAUUAUGCAAACAGAUUCAUAUUUUAAUAGUUGCAUAUAAUAUUAUACUAUUUAUUCUGA